CCCGGCUCUGAGCUCAGGAAUUACUCCUGGCAGGCUUGGGGGACCAUGGUAUGCCGGGGAUCAAGCCCAGCAAAUGGUUAUGAGCCUUCGAGUUUCUGAACUUCAAGUACUGUUAGGCUACGCCGGGAGGAACAAGCACGGACGCAAACACGAACUUCUCACAAAAGCCCUGCAUUUGCUAAAGGCCGGCUGCAGUCCUGCUGUGCAAAUGAAAAUUAAAGAACUCUAUAGGCGGCGCUUUCCCCAGAAAAUUAUGACACCUGCGGACUUGUCUAUUCCCAACGUUCAUACAAGUCCCAUGCCAGCAACUUUGUCUCCAUCUACCAUUCCACAACUCACUUACGAUGGUCACCCUGCGUCAUCUCCACUACUUCCAGUUUCUCUUCUGGGACCUAAACAUGAACUGGAACUUCCGCAUCUUACGUCAGCGCUUCACCCAGUUCAUCCAGAUAUAAAACUUCAAAAAUUACCAUUUUAUGAUUUACUGGAUGAACUGAUAAAACCCACCAGUCUAGCAUCAGACAGCAGUCAGCGCUUCCGAGAAACCUGUUUCGCAUUUGCGUUGACGCCACAACAAGUGCAGCAAAUCAGUACUUCCAUGGAUAUUACUGGGACCAAGUGUGACUUCACUGUGCAGGUCCAAUUAAGGUUUUGUUUAUCAGAAACCAGUUGUCCCCAAGAAGAUCACUUCCCACCCAAUCUUUGUGUGAAAGUGAAUACAAAACCUUGCAGCCUUCCAGGUUACCUUCCACCUACUAAAAAUGGUGUGGAACCCAAGCGACCCAGCCGACCAAUAAAUAUCACUUCCCUUGUCCGGUUGUCCACAACAGUACCAAACACCAUUGUUGUUUCUUGGACUGCAGAAAUUGGAAGAAACUAUUCCAUGGCAGUGUAUCUAGUAAAACAGUUGUCUUCAACAGUUCUUCUGCAGAGGUUACGAGCAAAGGGAAUAAGGAAUCCGGAUCAUUCUAGAGCUUUAAUUAAAGAGAAGUUGACUGCAGAUCCAGACAGUGAAAUAGCUACGACCAGUCUAAGGGUUUCUCUGCUGUGUCCGCUUGGUAAAAUGCGGCUGACAAUUCCGUGUCGGGCCCUUACAUGUUCUCAUCUGCAGUGUUUUGAUGCAACACUUUACAUUCAGAUGAAUGAGAAAAAACCAACGUGGGUUUGCCCUGUCUGUGAUAAGAAGGCACCAUACGAACACCUUAUUAUUGAUGGCUUGUUCAUGGAAAUCCUAAAAUACUGUACAGAUUGUGAUGAAAUACAGUUUAAGGAAGAUGGCUCAUGGGCACCAAUGAGAUCAAAAAAGGAAGUGCAGGAAGUUUCUGCCUCUUACAAUGGAGUUGACGGGUGUUUAAGUUCCACAUUGGAGCACCAGGUCACUUCUCAUCACCAGUCCUCAAAUAAAAAUAAGAAAGUCGAAGUGAUUGACCUCACCAUCGACAGCUCAUCUGAUGAAGAGGAGGAGGAGCCAUCUGCCAAGAGGACAUGUCCUUCUCUGUCACCCACCUCACCACUGAGUAAUAAAGGUAUAUUGAGUCUUCCACAUCAAGCGUCUCCAGUGUCCCGCACCCCCAGCCUCCCUGCUGUGGACACAAGCUAUAUCAACACCUCCCUCAUCCAGGACUACAGGCACCCAUUCCACAUGACACCCAUGCCUUAUGACCUACAAGGAUUAGAUUUCUUCCCUUUCUUAUCAGGAGACAAUCAGCAUUAUAACACCUCCCUUCUUGCUGCUGCAGCCGCAGCAGUCUCGGAUGACCAAGACCUCUUGCACUCGUCCCGCUUUUUCCCAUAUGCCUCCUCACAGAUGUUUCUGGAUCAGUUGAGCGCAGGAGGCGGCACCUCCUUGCCGGCCACCAAUGGCAGCAGUAGCGGCAGCAACAGCAGCCUCGUGUCAUCCAACAGCUUGCGGGAAGGCCACAGCCACACGGUGGCCAGCAGGAGCGGCGCAGACAGUGCGUCCAUCUUUGGCAUCAUCCCGGACAUCAUCUCCUUGGACUGACACCCGCACUGCGGCCCCCAUUCCACCCCACCCCAAAGGAAGAGAACUUGGCAGAAAGAAGAGAACUUAGCUGCGCUUGCUCUGACUCUGUUAGAGAAGUAUACAUGCGUGUUUUUUUUUCCUUUUUUUAGGGAAAAAAUUAAAAGAAAUGUACAGAGAACAAAACUAUAUUUUCAGUUUUACUUUUGUAUAUAAAUCUAAGACUGCCUGUCUGAUAAAAAAAACACUUGUUUAAAAAAAAAAGAGGAAAAACAACAAAAAAAGGAAAGAAAAGAAAAAAAAGACAAAAACAAAUACCCACAAACCACCUUCAGUUCAUUUUUUCUGGAUUCUGAAGAUUUUUCUGUUUGUUUGUUUCAUCAUUUGUCCUAUGGUUUUGGUUUUAUUUUACUUCAAUGGCAUUAUUUUAUUUGCAAUAACAAAAAAGGAAUUGCAUGUAUGAAGUUUUAAAUUGUGGGCUUUUCUUUGUUGUGGGGAGGGGGUGGGGAUAGUUUUAAUUUCCUUUUUCUAAAAAUGAACAGCCUUGGAUUCUGUUGGUGUGUGUGCAUAUUUUAUUCAGCCUUAAGUUAUGAAUCUCCUCUGUCCCACAGCAUCCCCUCUGUAUUUGCAGGACAUAGCUUGUGAGCGUGCGUGUUUUCCGUGUGCGUGUCUGUAUUUUUCUGUCCUUCCUGUUUCUUCUCCCCCGAGUUUGCAUUCAGUUGAUAAAUCAGUUGCUUGCUUUUCUCAAAGUGCUUUGAAGGUCUUGAAUUUACCUAUAAGCAUCCUUUGAACUCUUACAGUUGCAUGUUCUCCAUUACAUAUAUCCUCUCUUAUUUGCUAGAUUUCCCCCCAAGAAUAUGUUUUAGAGACUGGAGUCAAGCUCUUUGGGUAAGGAUUAGGCUUAGCAUACCUGUGAAUAAUACACUUUAGUCUAGUUCUUUAUUCCUAAUUUGGACUGCCAGUAUUACAUAUUGAAACCAAGUCUGUGAAGACCUACUCUUGUUGCCCAAAGGGUAACAAGUUUUCAUGUCAGAUCUCUGUACCAGUAGGAAGUAUGCAUAGCUUAGAAAUCCCUGUUUGGGUGUCCUGUGCAGCUGACAGGUUGAGUCACCUCCAGAAAAACAAGUCAGUUGUCCUAAAAUAAAGGCUGUUUGGAAAGUUCAUCCCACCACACAUGUUAAUCUGUGGAAAGUUCCUACUAUCUGAUCAACAGUUGACAUUAAAAUGGGCUUAAUCCUUAGUCAUUUUAACUCUGGUUCUGAGUACUCUUAUGUUUUGAGCCUAAAUCUUGUUUUGUUUUUGUUUUUGUUUUGCCUUUCAAGACAAGCAUGACAUAGGAAAGCCAUUUUUGUUAUGUUUUAACCCAUGGAUCAGUUUGAUGUUUCUAUUAGUAAUGGAGCAUGUAAAUAAAUAUAUUGGAACUUUCCCAGGAGAUGACAGAAGGCCGAAGGGGAGGAAUAAUGGUUCUUACAUGUGUUCCAAAAUUCCUGUCAGAGGAAUUACAUUCUUCGGGUAAUGCUUGAAGGUGUAGAUAAGAAUUUUGGGUGGAUUGGGCAUUUUAGCAGGUUUAAGUAACAGAAAAGAUGAAAAGUUAUGAUGGUUAUCCAUUUUCCAGACUGGAGUUUCAUAUCAUAAUUGUUUAUGUUCUCAGAGUUGAUAAUGGACCACCUUUGUGUGUAAAAUUGCUUUUAAACCUUACAAUGGUAACAAAGUGACCUGCUUUCAUCCAGGUAGAAUUCAAGAUGACUGUAUAUUCAGUUGUAUUAUAAAAUUAAUAACUCACAUGUGUGCGAUAUCUAAAAGUAAUAUGUUUUUACAGCAUCUCUCUGCCACUAAAUUGUUAACUUGAAUUUUGAAAAACAAGUUGGUGUUGAUAUGUAUAUGUGUGCGUGUAUAUAUAUGUAUUUAUAGAAAAAUGUGUGUGAGUGACAGUGAGUUAUAUGGUCUUCCCUACGCAUGUGUAUUCCACAGAGACAGCUGAGUACUAGUCACUUCCAAACAAUUUGCAAUAAAAUAAUUUCCAUUGUCGGUUAAAACAGGAAA